AUAACUGAAGCUACUAAUAUCCCCCCACUGAUCAUCAAAAUCACAAAUCAAAAACAUAAUCACCGAUUAAACCCCAUUAAACUUUCUUGCAUGAUUAAACUAAAAACAAAGCCCUAAUCUUGAAAAUUAAUCAAAAAAUAUGGCGUCCAUUUACGAAUACUACAUGUGGCAAGAUUACAACAACAACAACACCAUCAAGAUUGAUGAUCUUGAUAAUUAUGAUAUACUUGAUAUCCAACUCCACUUCCACCAUUUUCUUGAAUUAACUUACCCAGAAAGCAAUCGAAUUCCCUUAACAACGACUCACAAAUCAUUCCCUUUACCUCGAACCCUAAUCUUUUCGUCCGAUGAUCAAUCUCGAUCUCACAUUAUAAAUAAUAUACUUUCUACUACUGGUGCAUCAACAGACUUCAUCAAUUCAAUCUUGACUGAAGUUUCAUCAUUCGCUUCGGAAAUAGUUAGCCACCCAUCGAAUGAUAAUGUUAAGAUACUUACUAUGGGCUUGUUUAUUUGUGUUGCGACUCCCUACGAUGACCGCGAAGAGAUUGAUCGUUUUUUGAGAGAAACGAUUCAAGAAAAUGCAAGAUUUGAGCCUGCGAGUAAAUCUUGUAUUCAAAGAUUGAAUAAGAUUAGGGUUGAAGAUGAUGGGUUUUGCCAAAAAUGCGUGAUUUGUUUGGCAAAAGAGGAGGGUGAAGAGAUCAUAAAGUUGGGCUGUGGGCAUGUUUUUCAUGGAGAUUGUAUCAUUAAAUGGCUAGAAACAAGCCAUUUGUGUCCUUUAUGCAGAUUUGUGGUUUCUUGAUUGAAGGUUUGAAGCCACCCAUAAUUCAAGAAAACUGAUUAUAAUCUCUUUUCAAGAUUUUUGCGUUUUUUAGAACAGAAAUUCUACAUUGGGAAAGAAAUUAAGUAGCAAUUUGUC